AUGACAACAUAUGGUCACCGUCCUGAACACAUGUUGCACGCAUGGCGUACAUUAGGCCUCCGCGCGAAUCCCACAUACGAGGAGAUACGCGCUGCUUACCGUAGACUUGCUUUCGCCACUCACCCCGAUCGCUCAAAUGAGCCUGGCACGAAGGAACGUUUCCAAAAGUUGCAAGCGGCUUACGAAGCAGCAGUGGAGAAUUGCAGACGUAUGGCAGCCUUAGGAGGGUACAGGCUUAGUGGUGAUGCUGCAAACUUUGACUGGCGGGCUGAGGUUGCUCGUGUGCGGGAAGCGUGGGCGCGGAAACACGGUUUAGGGUCAGAUGCUGCGGAAGAAGAGGAAGAGGAAACCACGGCAAGAAAAAAAAGGCAGCAGACUAAAACAGCAGCGAAAGGAACAAAAACGGCAAAGCCGGCGUCGGCGUCGGCGUCGGCGGCACCGGAUUUCUCCGGAACAAACUCCCCCACCCCAGCGAGGGGCCGCAAGAAGGCCUCACCACGAAACAGCAGGCGACAACAGAAACGUGGGAGCGCGACGACUUCACGCUGGUCGAAGCCUGUUGCAAACAAAAAGGGUAAGCCGAAACCGCCCUUUACUCUCUUUUCUUCGCCACGUAGUCCCCCGCCACCCGCAAGCAGAGGUGCUGAUGGAGUGGCGGGAGAAAAUAAGUCGUUAAACACCUCUCGAGCGGGUUCCCCCGGCGCCACAACAUCGCACACAUCAGAGAGGCGCGCACAAGUCGUGAGGAGGCGCCGUCGCUGUUUCCUGUCAAAUGAGGACAAAAUGAUUUGCCGUCUAAUGGCGGUUGAGGCAGCGCGGCGCUUAGCGUUGUACGUUUUUGAAGGGGCAACACGACGAAUCAUAUCACAAAUGCUCGCAGAAGUGCGAAUUCGCUGUGCUAUAAAGCAAUUUGAGGAUCUGGCAUGGAAAAAAUUAGUCAAAUACGUGCAGCUUGGACCUAGCGACGCCCUUGUGCGUCACAAGGGUAAGCGGCGAAUUGUGGCAUAG